AUGUCAGGUACAUCGAAUGGUAGCUUAAGCUCUGAAGGAUCCAUAGCGAAUAGCAAUUUAGGUAGUAAACAGAACUUUGAUCAAGGAAGCAAUAUGAAUGGUACUUCAAGUCCAAAUUCCGGCAUGGCUUUAGACACUGGUGGAAACAAUGUCAGUUCUGGUAGCAGCGGAAGGGGCGGUUCGUCUAGUGGUCAAACUCCAAAUAAUGUCCAAACAACCAAUCGGAGACAAAAUGCUAUCCAAGCUUAUCUUAUCAAUCUUCUUGGUAGAAUACAGCCACCACCUGGAAUGACCCGUCAGCAGAAGCUUCAGCAGAUGAUUCGUAAUGGUGAAUUGAAAAGGGAAGACAUUAUAUUACUUCAACGGCAUCAACAAUAUCUGAGGAGACAACAGCAGCUCAGGCGUGCUCAGCAAGUUGCUCGUAUGCAAUCGUCAGGUAAGACGGUUCCAGGAGCUGGUAUUUCAAACGAGUCACUUCCCGAUGUACUGCUCAUAAAGUGGCCGGAAAAAGCGUACCUGGAAAAAGUCUUCCAGUUUCAGCAGAAAAUCAAUCACAUCACAGGCAAAUGUCUCCGGGUAUGA